AUGUUUUUGAAAUCAGGAUUUUACAACUUUUUGACAAUAUUCAACAGCGAGCACCAGGGCACACAGUCUGACGUUGCUAAGAAUGUUGGUGUUGCGAUGUGCGAGGCGUUUCUGGCCUACGACGAAGGAGACUUUGCUCGAGCUGUGGACCUCCUGGCUCCGCUGCGGUACCAGGUGGUCACCAUAGGGGGCAGCAAUGCACAGGUCAGUUUUUCUGCAGAGAUCCCUCACUCGAGCUGUCUGAAUUGUGCUAACAAAAACUGUUGUUUGUCCAGAACCCUGUUGCUGGAGAGGAAAGCCCUUAAGGACAGCGCACCAAUGACAGACAGGCUCAUUGCUAAGGCCAUGGCCAUGCACGGGGACUAGGGCUAGGCACAUUAUCAUUAUCACAACGAUUUACCGGUUUUAACCUUUUAUUCAAAAGUCUUCAUCAGAAUGACAAGGGAGUAGUAACACACUUGCUUUUAUAGCCUCUACUCUAGUUACCAUCAGCUAAUCAGCUUACAGGAUAUUGUUUUCCACUGGUUAUGUUUGGCCAAUCCGAGUGUAGUUCUUUGUUCUACUGGCCAAUCAGCUUACAGGGUGUCUCUUACUGCCAUGGAAAAAUGUUCGCGGUGGUUUUAAAUUUGUGGUGAAGCAGCCACCACGAAAACUGCGAACAUUUAGCCACCGCAAAAGUUUCUGCAUUUACAGUAUUAGAGCAUUUGAUAAGAUUAUCUCAUUCAGCAAAAAGUGGAAUUAUCCACAAAAAGUGGAAUCAUCCAAAUUUUCCAUUCUAAUCACAAUUAGAUACGCUAACUUAAGUUAAACAUUUGCCUGGAAAAUGCUGGAUUUGUGUAUAUUCUAUCUAUUUCAAUUAGGCAUUACUGAAACUUAAGUAGACACCAACAAGGCAGACAGCAUUUUAAGCCAUGGCAAUUCGAUUUUAUAUUGUUAUCAUGGGAAUUUGAUUUUAUUUGAUUUCAUAUUAUCGAUUAUUGUUAUGGGUUUCCCUCAGGGAUCUUUGAAAAAUGCCGGCCAGGCAACAUGUAUCCCUGGAUAGAUAAAAUUAACAAACAAUUAUAGAAGCAAGAUCAUAUGGGCUGUCUCCAGGACCCUUCCUUUUCUUCCCGGGAUGGAAAUUUGCUUAACGGGAUGGACAAAAAUUUAAAAAUGUAAGCUUAAUGACAUCAACUCGAUGAAAAUGUAUGUUUGUUAACUAACUUAAAAAGAUAAUAAAAACAAAACAAUAUAAAAAUUUAAAGUUGUAGACAGCCCUGAUUAUACCCCACCAUUUUCUAUAAUCUAUGGCAUCUUUUAUAAGACAUAUUAUCAUAUUUUAGAGAUAUGUUAUGGUGUGGCCUUAAGGUAUUAUAUACAAGAAAAGACUUAUGUGCCUAAGGUUCUAACUUUUAAGACAAUCCUUGGAAAGACAAUCAUGUGACAACUUCUUAAAGGAAUUUGACUACCACAAAAGAAUAAAGAGUCUGACUUGA